AUGCCGGAAGGCAAGGGUAUUUUGAUUCCGGGAAGCGAGGUUAGUAUUCCGGAGGACACUCACGAUGUCUUUGAGAACACUGGCGACAUUCCUUCGAGCCAAUUGACUCAGAGGUCUGUGGUCCCUAACUCUAGGAGUGCAAAUGUGCUGUCAGUGCAGGCUGAGAGGAUUGAGAAGGAGUGUAGCGUGUUAAUCGUGGAGCAUACUCUUCUACAUGAGCUCUUUCCACCUGCAGCAAGACUUUCGGUACUGGUAUUGAGCAUGUGGGCAACUCCUAGUCGCCGAGUGGGGUGUAGAGUAGACUUUGAAGAGGUCGUUAUUAAACAGGUCAGAAGUCUGCACUCCCGUGUCCGUUCCCACUUGAUGCACGAGGUGAAAGGGCGCCUGUCGGACUCUACGAUAUACGGGCUUGGAAAUUUUGUGGGGCCUGAGGCGAGGGCGGCUCAAGUUGAAUACCUUUUGAAGAAUGAUCGUUUCUUGAGCCCCCAACAGCAUUACGAGAUCUACCGACUGCGCUUCCUGGCUCUGGAAAUUAUCGAUAUAUUGUAUUUUAAAUACUUUGAUGGGGUAAGAAUGCGAAGGGUUAGGGAUCCCGAAUUUCUAGAGCGGGUAACCCCUACCCUUAUUUGCCUGAUAUCGACGGCGAUCUGGCACGGCAUUCGGGCGUGGUCAACAGGGAGUUACGUGAAGCCUGAUAAUUUUCAGUCGCAGAAUGAGAGUGUUGUGAGGGUAACGAUUGAGAUUAUACCGGAGGAGGGUUUUAGCGAGGACGAUGAAGCUCUGGCUGCGGAUCUUGCCGCAUUCCGAGAUGCUCGAAGAACACCCACGAGUGCUCCAGGAGGUCGGGUUGAUUCCGACAGCGCCCAGGACGAAGUGAUUAAUGCCCGACUUCGCGGCAUUAACACCGAAGAGGAGGGGGAGGAGGAAGAAGAAGAGCCGGAAUUACCUGUAGCGGGGGAUUACGAAGGGGGGGGGGGGAGGAGGAUGUGUAGAACAAUCACAAGUGCUAAGGGAGAUAGUGGGGGAUUUCGUCUGAUUCGUAUAUUGUAUUAG